UUGCGCAGUCGCAUAAAUCUCGUAACAACACUUUUGACUGCGAGCUGCUGGGUACACAAGUACCCGUUUACCUUUUCAUUCCAGGAACCGUUUCUGGGUUGUUGUUUCGGUUUUAACUUCGUCUGCGGUUUUAAUUUCACACAGAUCGGUGCGGUUGUCAGUCGUUUACUCCAUUCGUUGUGUAGGGAAUACUCACACGAACUGGAUUAGACUCCAGAAAAGUUGGAGAAUUCCAUUUGUAAUUGUUUGCAAAGGUACGAACAUUCAUCUGACACCUGACAUACUUACACAGGCACAUCAGACCAACCCAGCAGCAGGGUAUCGGGAUGGGAAAAUAUUCUGGUGCAAGGAAACAGAUAACCACGGUACCCAUUGGUACCCUCCUGCAGAAAGCUGGCGAAGGGUCGUUGAUGUACGUGGGCGCCACGGUCCACCCGUCCCAGCGACUGUCGGCCCACCGGCGGCGGUUUGUGGGCAUGGGGGAGAUGCUGGUCACCCCAGUGGCAAACAUGCGGCAGGUGGAGGACCAGCUGUUACAGUUCGCAGCAACCACGCGGGUGGAAAACAUACAACACAAGAGCAAUGCUCGGGACCUACCCGGGUACGUGUAUGGCAUCACCCGUGACAAUGCCAAUGCCCGCAACAAUGCGCACGAAGAUGUCGCUGUCGUAAUCUUUAUCCUAAUCUUUUUGAUGAUUUGUGCUCUGGUCAUAGGCCUCGUGUGGGGUGUUGUCUAUACGGUUUAUUUCAUCAUUGUACGUAUUAAGUCAAAGCUGCAGCAAAGACAAGGCGAAGUAAAAAUAAAGCUUCAACCUACUGAAGCUGACCUGCUCAGAGAAUGAGACCUGCGUGGAGGAAGUUCGCUGUGGAGCUUCCACCCGGUCCACCUGUAUACAUCAUGGCUGCAGGUAACCUAAUGUAGACUGUAGCUAACAGGUGGGCCCUGGCUUUGAUCGCUUACAAAGUCACAGAGCAGAUUGUUGUUAUUGUGCAAGUGUGUGCACACAAAAAUGAUGAUGACGACGACGACGACGACGACGACGACGAUGAUGAUGAUGAUGAUGAGGAGGAGGAUUAGGAGGAGGAGGAGUAUUGUAGAAGUUUAGCGCGGAAUGAUACAUCAAAGUAGGCCCCGCGACUAACCGACAACUACACUGCUGCCACCACUAACGGCAAGACUGCAUCAGAUUAUCUCCCAUAUCAUGCAUUCCACAUUCACAGUAUCCUUACAAGUUUAUUAAAUUUAGAACUUCCAUCUGUACGAUAAUAUGUCGUCACAUGCACUACUGUGCCAAUGCAAGAAAGACAUCGUUACAUUGAAGGUUUGGUGUCCACAGUCCGGACACUGCCACUGGUGACACUGUCAGACCCUCUCUCCACACUUGUCAACUAGCAAUGCCGGUUGUAAGGAUCUGUGGAAUCACACCCAAAGCGUGUGUAUAUCUAAAUAUAUAAUAGGUAUAAGAAAUACUUUAUCCUUAGAGAGUGCCAUGGUUGUCUUUCCUUCCCACUUUCAUGUUCAUUCUUUACCAUCCAUAAAAUACAAGAGGAUUCCAGAUGUCCAGUUAAAGUUUUUAGUUUUCAGCCCCUCAGAAUAACUAUGGGGUGGGUAUAGAAAAAGCACUCAUCCCUAUACACAUGACAUCUUGACACCAAGAAUUUUAAUUAUAGUUGUUUAUGCGGGUGAAGCAACUGAUAACAAGUGCUGACUAAGUGUCAGGUAUUUUACUAAAUGUCUCGUGCGAUGAGUCGUCUUACCUUCACGUUCAAGGCUCCAUCAAGGGGUCAAGUUGUGGUGAAGGCCACAGUAGACUAACGGGUAGGACGAACCUUCGGGACUUUGGUCAAAUGCUGACCAUUCAGACUGGACUCCAGGCACUUCGAGGCUUAGUGUUUGAGACUUUGCUCAGUUAAGAACAGCUCAACACUUGCAGUCCCUGUGUGUUUACAUCUACAAACUCCCUCGGCAACAUUUGUUUGUGUAGUUUAUUGAGCUCUCAAGCUUUUUAAACACACUGGUGCCAACAUGCCACUGGUUGUGGGAUUUAUUCCUUGAAGGAACUAGAAAAAGUAAUAUGUCAAACUAUUUCAGAAUAAAUGAAUUGUGUAUAAAUAUAUAUGUUUGUGCUUAUGAAACAGAAAAUGUUCUCCGAAUUGUUUCUUCCUCUGUCUUGAUUAUAUUCACACACAUAAUUUUAACUGAAUUUGUAUGAGAAUUGUGGUGCAAAUGAUCACUGAAUUAUUUAAUGAAUUACUGUGAUAUGAACUGAUCUCUUAAUGAUGUCCUUUGUCCAAUAUUUAUUCUCACAUUAUUUAUCUUUGUCCAUUUAUAUAACAUGAUUGGAAUUAUCUGGAAAAGAGAUAUAACCUAUGUAGAUGUUGAAGUGUUUUAUGAUGCAAGACAAGUAUUUAUUGCCAUAUUAUUACUCUCCCUUUUACACUGGACUAAGAGAUAUAAUAA